AUGCAUCUGAAGCUAACUUUGAGUUUGGAAUCAUCAUGGAAGGGAAGCGAAUCUGAUGCGAAACGAUUAGAAGGCAGUCUUGUACAGUUGAAAAUAUCCUGCAACAAUGCUAUUACUGAUUUUUAUUGCAUUGCAUUUCGGAUUGCCGGUGUACAUGUGAAUGUCAAUUUGGCUUAUCGACUGAGUGAUAUGCACUGGAAUCGAAUUGAACUCAUUAUUUGCUUGCUGCUCACUGCACUUCUUUUCAUCACGUCAUUUGGUGGUGCAGCUCUAUGGAAGGUGUGUUGGAAAAAUAAGAAAAGCAAACUCAUUUCAACUAUGCAAAUGCAAUUCCUCUACCAUAUGAAGCAACAGCAAGUUCAUAUGCAAGAACAAAUAGCUUCGAUAAAAGCAAAUAUUGACCGGCAGCCAUCACUGGACAGUAAAGAUGAUCAGUGUACUUCAACUGCUGGAAUACAGAAAAAAAAACUCUAUUUCAGUGCAGAUUUUUUCGAGCCAGAGUUAAUGGCUAAUCCCCCCGUGUUAGCCGUGCAAUUUAUUUACGAGUUGCGGAAAAUGAUUGAUGUAGCCAAAGAUCGAAUUCGAAUGAAACGACAUGUUCCAACGCUGAAAACAAUUUCAGAAGAUAACGAAGUCGAUGAAUACUUUGAAUUCCCUCGUAUUGAAAGUGAAACAAACAAGUGCAGUGAUGAACCUUCACCAAAAUCUCUAAAUUCUCCGGAUUCUGGUUGUGACUCUCUGAGUGACGAUGACAUUCAAAAUCAUCAAAUGCUAGCUCAAGGUCAUGAAGAAGAACAGUUUGAGGAGUCAAAACCAAUUGAAGGUGCAGAAGAAAGGUGGAACGAAAUGCGAAUAGAAAGAGUAGAAAAAGUGGACGGCAAUAAGGAACCAAAUUUUGGUCACCAACACGUCUACCAGCCAUCAUUACUUCCGACUAGAAUUCCAAUUGAUGGCACAUUAUUGCCUAGGUCGGUUACAAAAACUGCUCACGUUUCCCGUAUCCCUACAAUAGUCUCUCCUCGAAUGGUCAACUUGAUGUCACCAGCAUCUCGACCCCUUCCAAAACUUGUUUCAAUAGCUAGAGUUAAAAGAACUCAUUCUAAUCGUAAUAAUGGUACACAUACAAUGAUAGAAAAUGCCGGUUCAGCAGCACUCUCAAAAUUGCCUUAUUUAACAUUAAAGAAACGUGAACCACCAAAUUUGGAACGUAUUAUAAAUAAUGUUCCGCCUCCUCUACCUGAAAUUACACCUCCCAAUACUUCUUCCUUAACUCCUUGUCGACCAAGAUUUUAUGCUGCGAGACGACGAGCUUAUACUGUAUUUCCAAACAAUGAUUUAAUGCUUAAAAAAUCAUUAUCACGGAGAUUGAAACAACAACAACGUUGUACAGCUACAAAUGCAGUUGCUGUGCAGACAUCGUUAUCAUCACAAUCGCCAACUAACCCAAAAUCGUGA